AUGGUGAUUGAAAAAUAUGAUGACGAAAGAAGAAACCGAUUAGUAGAUAUCAGAAAUAAACACAAUGAAGAACACAUACCUGAUAUUCAAAUAGCGGAUAAAGAUCUGGAAGGUUAUAGACGCAAAUUCGAUU